AUGUACCCAAUCAAUGAUACAAGCAGCGGCGGGUCGACACCUCAGGCGACGUAUGCAUCGUCAACUUCGUCGCCGUCUUCCUCGUGUUUCUCCUUCGACUUUCCUCAGCCUCCUGUCAGUCCAGCUCUACGACGCAUGCAAAGUUCUCCGCUGUUCACUGCAGAAGAAACCGAUGCUGUCCGCGAGUUUCUCCGCCGGCGCUGGGGCGCUCAAAUCCACGCAAAAGCCCGUCGAAUUGUCGAUGCAGCAGAGCCUGGUCUUGCUGUCGACACCAACCUAAGAGAGCUGGAUUUCUCUUGGUAUGCGGCGUCGCCGACGACGGAUGCUGGCUCGCCCAGAGAACAGCAGCUCGAGUUGGAACUCGAAUUGGCUGGAGAAGCACUGGUGCAAGCCCCACCUCCGUGCCACCGACUGCAGUCCACUCGAAGCACAGAGCACAUGGGCCGAGAUGGGAUACGUCCACUCCAUUGUGGACGUGUUUUGCGACGAGCUGCUAGUCUCGCUGCACCUGAAUCUCCCCUGUUGACUUUUGAAACGCUUCCCCCGGUGCCAUCGUUAGUCGGGCAUUCAGCUGCGGCCCCUCGGCGGCAGCAUCGUACUGCUCUAUCUGUUCCACUGGCUGGAUGGGUUCCUGUAACGACUGAGCGACCUGGCGGUCGGCGCGAGACGUCAUUCAUGCCUGGACCCAUCCUCGAUCGCAACAUAGCGCCGCGCUCAUUCAUGGAUCUGACGCCGGAAAGAGACAUCCGACCUCGCCAGGACAAGAACCGAGUCAAAAAGCUGCUCGCCCGCGCAAGCAGCAGUUUCGCCGGUCUCUUCAGCAAGGCCAAAAAGUGA